GGAGACAUAUACUCACUGACACUGGAUCACUGGAGCAGCAGAGCUUCAAUCCUCAACUCCUGGAUUACUUUUGUGCAUGUGUGUGUGUGUUUUGAAAAACUUGUUAUGUGUUUUGUCAGCUGUGUGGUUUCCUUUGUGAGCUGAGAGGUGUUUGUGCAGGAGCAGCUGUUGCCAUACGCUGCCUGUGUGUAGUGUGUAGCAGAAGUGUGUGGGUUAGUAUGUUUGGGAUGGAAAAGUGGGGCUGGCACGACCAACAGCUCUGCUCUUAGCUUUACGCCAUGGGGGGUUGCCAUAGCUACCCCUCGGCUACGAAGGUAGACAGCAAGAGUCUUCAGCCUUCUGACAUCAGCAGUGACAAACUGGGAAUUAAUAACAAUAAUCUGGAGGAGCGUCCAUAUCUGCAGCAGCAGUAUGUGUGCCAGCAGAUCACACACGCAGACAUGUUUGCACUCACAGCGCUGCCGCCUGGCGUCGACAGGGCAGAGUGGCUCGCCAGCAACACGGUGGCGUUUUUCAAGCACAUAAACCUGUUCUCUAGUGCACUGUCUGAGUUCUGCACUCCCAGUACCUGCCCAACGGCCUGCGGACCAGGAAACACGGUUUACGUUUGGACCGAUGACCACGGCAGGAAGCUGAAGUGCUCUGCCCCCCUUUACUUUGACUAUGCCAUGUCAUACAUUCAGGAGCUACUGACUGAUGAAGAUGUGUUCCCCACCAAAGCAGGUUCAGUGUUUCCGACAGGCUUCGUGUUUCUGGUCCAGAAGGUGUAUUUGCUGUUUUUUAGGACUUUGGCUCACAUAUACUGGUCUCACUACAGAGAGACACUGGCACUAGGCCUGCACCCACACCUCAACACGCUCUUCACACACCUCACACUCUUCUGCAGACAGCACGGCCUGUUGGAUCCGGAGGACACUGAGCCAUUGCAGGACCUCAUCACCGCUCUGGGACAGCAUCGCUUUACCUAGAGAGCAAACACACAUAUUCAGCACUCACAUUUUCAUCACACACUCAUUUACUUGUUAUAUAUGUAACCACAGUAUAUAAUGUCUCUCGCCAAUCUUUGGGCCAAACUUAAACCUCCUUCACAGCUUGGACUUUCUCUCUAAAGGCCCGGAGGUUGUAAGAUAGAAAAUAAAUACUGUUAAUGAACAGUAUUUGGGAAAAUGAAUGAGUCUGUUUUGCUUUAAAAGUGGAUCAGACCAGAAAAGGGGUGUCUUGCUCCUGUUGUAAAUAGUUGUCUUUAUUAAUUGUGAAAAUGUGUGAAACUGUAGUAUUGCAUGUUAGUCUAUUUUAACGAUAUGGUGCAUUUUUAUUUUUUGUUAAGGUCAAGAUCUACAAGGUCAUUCACGUCCUCCUCACAAGCACACAGCUAUAAGAAAAACAUUGACUUGUUCACUUUUAAGUCAAUAUAAAAAAAGUGUCCUCAUUACAUUUGAAACAUUUGCAAAAAUAAAAAAUGGCUGAUGUGAUGAUGUAAAGGUAAUUAUAUUGUUGUGACAUCAUCCAUAUGGAAACACACAGAAUAUCUCCACAUCUGCAUUAUGUAUGAUUCUAUACUCUGUAAUAAACAUUUAUGACAGACUUUUUUCUAUAUUUGGUCAAAAAAAAAAGUGAGAUAUCGUGCUUUCUCAACCAUCAAGAUGCAAAAUUUGUCAGUUGAUUUAGUCACACUUGUCCACAUUGGUUCACUAUCCUGCAGCAAUCUCGUUUUUAUUUUGAUACUGUAGUAACUGCUGGUGCUGUUAUGCCAGCAUGUUUCUAUGUUUUGGUUUGGGAGCAGUACCACCCGCUGCCAGCACAGGA